AUGAUUCUUGAUGACUGGAUAUCAGAGCGGGCUGCUGAGAGUGACACUCAGUCCACAGAUGCUGGGAGCUCCUCCCCUUGGGAGGAAGCCCAGCAGGGUGUGUGGUAUGACGGGGGGCCUCCCGACUUGGUGGACAACUACCUGCAGGCUCCGACCCCCAAAGACCAGGGCAUGCUGGGCGGCCUAGAGCAGGCGAUCAAUGGCUGGCUGUCUUUGCCUGACACGUACCCUACCCCUGUGGUCAGGCUGUUGUGCAGGAACCUUUCAGCUAUGGUGGUGCUGCAUGAGAGUAACCCUUCUCAGCAAGUGCGUUCAGAUGGCCGCCUUGAGCUGGAGAUCAAUGGCCUGACGGUGUCCAUGGACACAUUCCCUGAGGGAGGGCAUCAGAUCCGCCGCAGCGCCCUCUAUGUGCAGUCCCUGGAGCUGCGGGACUGCAGUCCCCAUGCACUUGACCCCUCUACGGGUGGUGUGUGGCGCUACAUCCUGUCCCGUCACAGGUGCAAAUGGCCGGGGCUGCCCAGCCCGGGCCCCCAGGGCACGGUGGGAACCCCGAUGGUGGAGUUCGUUCUGGAGGCGGUCCGUCCAGAUGUGGAGCGUCAGGGGUCUGAGUCGAUGGAGGAGUACCGGCUGAGGUUGGCUAUCGCGCCAUUGCGGUUGCGGCUUGACCAGGCAGUGGUGGGCUUCCUACAGUCAUACUGCAAGAGCCUGGCGGCCAUGGACGUGGAUACGCCGCCCAGUGGGGCUGGCGAGGACGCCAUGUUCUUCCAGCACAUCGAGGUGGCCCCGCUCUUUGUCGUGGUGGACUACAGGCCCCGCACCUUCGACCUGGCGGCACUGCGGGGCGGCAGCAUGGUGGAGGUCCUCAACAUGGUGCGCUGGGGGGGCGUGAAGGUCAACCUCAAGGGUAUACGCCUGGCAGGCAUGAAGGGAUGGGACACACUUGUGGAGGCCCUUAGCAAGGAGUGGACAUCGGAUGUGGCUGGCACGCAGGCCCACAAGUUCGUCACGGGCAUCCCACCCUUCCGCUCCUUUCGCCGCAUCGGCACCGCCGCCUCCGACCUGGUCACCGUCUCCGUUAAGUCCAUCCGCCGCCCACCAGACGACCCCGCCCGCCACCACUGCUCCCCGCCCUCCCGCCGCAUCGCCCGCUCGGCCGUCUCCCUCCUGCGGGUCAUCACCCUGGAGGUGCUCAACGCGGCGGUCACGGUGGCCGGCGGGGCCCAGCUCGUCCUGCAGGGGAAGGCCGACCCGUUGCCGGGUCCCGGGGCGCAGACCAAGGCGGGCCCCGGGGCCCAGCCGCAGGCUGGGCAGCACCCCCAGGCCGCGGGCGUGAAGGGCGGGCUGAAGCAGGCCGCCGCGUGCCUGGAGAGCGCCGUGAGCAACGUGGUGCUGGAGCCGAUCCGCAGCUUCAGGGGCGGGGAGGGGAUGGGCACGGCGGUGGCCAAGGCGCUGCGUGCGGCGCCCUCAGCGGCGGUGGCGCCCGCGACGGCUGCGGCCACGGCGGUGCGGUGCACGCUGCUGGGCGUGCGCAACGCGCUGGACGUCGAUCACAGCCUGGACGAGUGA